AUGUUGAAUCAAUUUUGUCAAAACUCUAUGGUCACUUUUCUUCUUCAACAAAACGAGUAGAAACUCUCAAAGAGUACUUUGAUUUUGUCGAGCAAGAUCAUUUAGUAAAGCAUAUAUCAUAUUAUUAAUAGUCAUCAAUGUUUUUUAUAUUCAGUUAUUAUUGAAACACAUCAAUAUUCGUUGGCUUAGCCUAUAUCCGUCUAUUGAACGAUUACUCAAAGUCUUUGAUCCAUUAUCUGCUUAUUUUUUGGAUUUGGGUGACGAAGAUGCUUUUCCAUGUCCACCAAUAAUUUCAAUGGUUUUUACUUCUACUGAAGCCAAAUGUACAAUGUAUUUUUUGCACAAUGUUUUGUUUGAUUUACAGAAAAAGAGCUUGGAAUUGCAACGAUACUACGUUUCGAUUGUUUAUUUGAGUAGAAUCAUCACUAGUCUUCUUAGCAAACUUAAUGAUCGAUUGAAACAAAAUUAUUUUGGUUAUCAAAGGAAAACUCUAUUGAAUUCAUUGCCCGAUUCAGAUCGAAAAAAACUGAAUCAAUCAUUUAUCGAUUAUGUGUCUAGUGUAAUUAAAUAUAUUGAGAAAUAUUAUGAUGAACAAUCCGAAUUGGCUGAAUUAACUGCAGUUUUUGGGAUACGUGAAAUCGAUCAAAUAAAAUUUUAUCAAAUUGAAGAAUGUGUCGUUUCUCUCAAGUUGGAAGUUGAUCAUGAAAAAUUAUUCGAUGAAUUGAAUAUUUUACAAUCCACACUCAAAGAAGUCAAUUCAUAUCGUGAACCAUUGAGUGAUCAAAUUCGAAAAUAUAUCGGUGAUGAUGCUCAUAAUUUCAGUGGAGAUAUAAUCAAUGAUCAAAAUAAUGAAUCACAGGAUGAAGAAGAUCUUUUUCAUAAACCAACAAUUGAAAUUCAUGAAAAAGAAAAUCAGAUUCGAUCUGAUCAACUGUGGACAUAUCUGCUCACAAAAUCAACAACUUUAUGCAACGAAAUGACGAAAGUUCUUGCCUAUGUUUAUUCGAUUCCUUGUUCAAACGCAUUUGCUGAAGGUGUCUUCAGUCAUAUGAAGCACGCAUGGACACCAAGUCGAAACUCGAUGUCGACUGAAACAAUUGUUACUGAAUUAAAGAUAAGUUUAAAUAGCAAGAUAAAAUGUGAAGAUUUUUAUUCUUUUGCACAAUC